AUGCCACAGAAACCAAAUGAAUCCCUGCCCCAGACUGGUAAAGUAAAUUCACCGUUAUCUCCACUCCGAUUAUCAGUUAUUGAUUCAAGUGUCAAUACCAAUCCAUCUUCACAGUCAGUGAAACCUAGGCUACCGUCCUCUUCAAGAACGAACCACCACCAGAAGCCUAAACCAUUGUAUGCUAAUACCUCAAAGAAUAAUGGAGUUAAGGAAUUUACCACAGAUGCAAACCUUGACCUGUUUGUACAAAACUCGUUAGGAACAAACACUGAUAAAGCGGUUUUACAAAGCCAAGCACAGCACAUAUCUCUGGAACUUUUCACCAAAGAUGAAGUGAAGAAAGCUGGCGCUUUAGCUUCGCUUUUUCUAGACACGAGAAAUAUCCUUCAAGCAGAGUGUAAUGUUGUUGAUCCCUCACCAAACUUGGAUCCAAACCCACUUCACCAUGAUUAUCGAUAUGAGGAUGCCAAGAUCAGUCGAGGUACAUUUAUACGCGCGGAAAAGGUGAAGUCAAUGCUAGGAGUGAAAUACCUACACAUUGAGCGUAUUUAUGACUGGAAUGAAACUUAUAAAGACGAUAACAGUCACCCCGGUGUUGAAGGAGUGUACAAUCCACUCCAGAUUUUGAGAAAUAGAAAGAUACGUGCCAAGUACCAUGAGUAUCCUAAACCACUCCAUAUGAAAACGAUUCCCCUUGCGUGUAAUGUGUUUAGCAAGCACAACCAACCGGGUCACAGGCACCACUUGAGGAAGGAUUGGAAAAUGGUGUGGGCCAUUGAAUUGGAGGAAUAUAUUGGAGACUCGAGAUGGAGGGUCCACCAUUGGAAUGAGUUGAAGGAUCCUCAUGGAAAUUAUUGGUUCCCUGAUGAGUACCUGGAGCAUGGCGUCACUCAUGACAAAAAGAAGCAUAGAUUUAGACAAAGACUACAUGACAGAUUAUUUGAAUUGGCGGAUGAAGAUGCGAAGCACAAUAAGCCAGAAAAUGAAGCAAAGGGGGACAAAUCGCUACUAGGGGUACUGAAAUCUUUGCUGGAGCCGUCAACUGGCUCAGAAAGCGACCCUCAAAACUCGAAAUAUCUUGAAAAUGACAACUCUUCUCAUCGACCCAAUAACGACCACAAGCACACACAUAGAUUCAGAACAAAAGUAAAACGCUUCUACCGAGGAGAAUCUUCGUCAUCCAUCUUGUUGAAACAACUAACGUCAUCCUCGGAUGAUAAGCUGUCGAGUGCCCACGACCCGUCGGGUUUGGAACACGGAGAAAAUGGGCUCAAGCUAGCACGUAGUGGUUCAGAUACAGCUGGAUCUGACGAAGAGAAGCGUCGUAGCGUACCGUUGAUUCAAGGGCCCGAGAUGGAAACACAACCUAGUGCGACAACAAACGGCCAUUCGGUGGCACCGCCAACAAUACGUAUCGAGCAAAGUACACCAGAUCCUUCAAUUCAAUCAAAAUUGCAAAAUGUUGAGAUACGUCAUGCUCAACGUAUAUCUAAUGAUGAUUUACUCGCAAGUGCUUCCUCGUCCAAUGAAAAUGAUGACAGACUGACCAAAAUGGAUAAAACUGACUCCACUGUAACAACUCCGGCAAACGAUCGCGAAGAACAAAAUUUGACCAAAAUAAUCAGCUGUAUAAGUUAUUUGCGACAAUCGUGUUCUCUGCGUAUGCAAUAUUUGUUGACAAUCUAUCCCAAAUACUUGCAAUUGGUGCUGAAUAAAGUGGAUCAUAUCAAGUCUAGUUCAAUUUUGGAAGUGUUGCAGUUGAUGUCACUCAUUACCGAUGAAAGUCUACCGGCCUUGGAAGAUUUGCAACGAGGAUGCUUAGACGAAAGUAAGUCUAUCCUUCACAUGGUGAACAACACAUACUCAAUCAAGAUUGAUACCUUGUUGAGUGCUGGGGAUCGAUCCAUUUCGGAAAUCAACGCAUCGUUAUCGCUCGAUUUGAGGAAAACUAAUGAACGGCUAGAGGCACUAGAGGAGUCAUUGUUGAAAUCUAGCUUUAAUAAAGUCAAGUUGAAGCCGGACUUGACUAGUGAUGCUACGAUGAAUUACAAAAUCAUUUAUUUAAUUCUUGAAAAUAUAAUUGUGGGGGUUUUGAAGUUGGUUUGGGUGGUGGUUAAUAUUUAUAAGGUUUUGGCAUGGAUUGUAAAACUUGUUUGGAGAUGUAUACAAGUGUUUAUUUAA